GGCUUUGGUCAGGGUGCUCUGAAGCUCCUGCAUGUCACCUCAUCCUCUACUCUGACCCUUUUUGAUGACAAAGACACCUCGGCUUAAUAAAGAAACUGCCUCAUGCAUCAAGCGGAAAGGAGGUUCUGGGAUCACGCUGGAGUUUUUUCUCUGGAGGACAAUACAGCUCCAACUCUUCCUGCUGUCCCAGAGCAGAGCUGGAUGGGACUGAGCUGGUGGAGGCGAUUGGGGAGUCAACGCCCAGCUUCCAUUGUCCUCCUCCUGAGCUGAGCAGGGCUGUGGCCCACACCGGAAGAGUCCCUUCCUUAGAGUACAAACUGCUCCACAAAUACUCCACAGACCUUCCCAGCAAUCACCUCCAAUCACAUGCCUCCAAGAACUCCUUCCUUCCUUCGGAGCAGUUGGAGCCACUGGAAGUUGUACACCAGCAACACUGCAAUCAUUAUGCUCAGUGCACAACACAUCAGCAUGCGGCAGCCAGCUGCAUGUUCAACCUCGGCUUCAUAUUCAUGGUGAACGACUCCCAGGAGCUGUCUGUAAUCUUUGUGCCUCUUGUUCUCCCUGAGCGAACACCCAUGGGGGAGGAGGUGUGCACUGAACCUCGGCCACGUCUCUGUGUGAUCCAGCGGGGCCCGAACGGAUAUGGCUUCAACCUGCACAGCGAGCGGGCGCGGCCGGGCCAGUACAUCAGAGCUGUGGAUGAAGAUUCUCCUGCUGAGAGGGCUGGCCUCCAGCCACAGGACAGGAUAGUGCAGGUGAACGGCGUGUCCGUGGAGGGGAAGGCACAUUCAGAUGUGGUUGCUGCCAUUAAAGCGGGUGGUCGUGAGACCCGGCUGCUGGUGGUGGAUCCCGACGCAGACGCCUUCUUCAAGAAGUGCAAAGUGAGGCCCACCUCAGAGCACCUAACCGGUCCACUCCCUGAGCCUGUGGUUAAUGGACAAACGGAGGAGAAGGUGAACGGCAGAGUGACCAAUAACGCAGAAAGAGAUUCAAAGUUGUCAAUCAGCCCCUCUCCUUCAAGUGCUUCGUCCAACACGUCCCUCACAACCCCGACUGCAAACACUCCUCCUGAGGGUUUGAUCGCAAACACCAUUCCAGCUCUCAACCUCACCUUGCAGCAGGUCAAAGAGCUCGCGCACCAGAAGCGCUCGAACAAAAGAGCUCCGCCCAUGGACUGGACCAAGAAAAACGAGCUCUUUAGCAACCUAUAGGGACAUCUGUCUUCACCUGACCCCCCUGAAAACCCAGCUGUUUUAUUUUAAACAUUUCUUGUGACAUUUUUUUAUGACUUUGUUCAAUUAUUACCAUUACUAGUUCAUAUAUAAAUAUAACCAUGACAUGAUACUGUAAACAUAUAAUGUGCUACUAACCAUAAGAAUUCUCAUGCCAAUGAAAAAGAACCAGACAGUGUGAACGGGUUUCUUUUUCCAAAUAUGUAUGUAUUACUGCUGAGUUUGGCGCCCGUGAUAAAAAACUCAAAUGACACGACUGUCAUGCUGAGUUUUAUGAUCUCUGUUCAUUGUUUUGCUUUUAAAAAGGACGUUUUUAGAACUCAAAAAAUCUAGAAAAAGGAUGAGUUUCAUUCACUUUUAUGUCUUAUAUUUUGUUUUAGUUUUUUUAAUCUUUUAUUGUUUUUUACUUUUUAAGAGCCUUUUUGGUGCUGAUCUACCUGGCAUAAAUAAAUAUAUAUAUAAAUAUAUAUAUAAAAAAGGAAAAUGUAUUUUUCAGAAAACCCUUUCUAAUAUAAAAAUCCUGUUUCUCAAAACAAUUGCUGAUGCUUCAAACUGGAAAACUAUAUAUUUUAAAGUGCAUUUUAGGCAUCUCUCUCUCUAUAUAUAUAUACAUGAUGUUCAGUGUAUAUUUUUACUCUUGACUGAUCCAUAUGAACCGCAGAGUGUCAAGGGAAACGUGCAUCUCUCAGCAAUAUCAGCUUUACCCUUGCUGUAAUAGUGCACAGCUGCUCAGUUCACAAGUUUUACUGUUGUUGUUUUUUUGGUUUGUUUGUUUUAUUGCCACAGCAAAUGCAAGACAGUGUUUAAUACAAUAAAAGCUAUAAUUAUCUAUCUUUUAGAUCCUGUUUAGCUUUAGAUUAUUAUCCUCAUACUAGCGUCGGGACAGGGAGAAGGUUUUAAAGCCAAAGGGUAAACUAGGAGAAAGUUAUUUUGCAGUUUGCAAAAAAGUUGUUAUGUUGCAAUUAAUCCUUUAUGAAAACUUGAUCAUACUGAUGAUUAAUUAAAAAUAUUCUUCAGUGC